CGCGAACCGCGUGGCGCGCCGUAGCGCUGCAACUGGGGGCCCAGCGCUGGUGGAGGGACUCGCUGUGACAUAUAACAACGCUGCGCUGUGCUUGCACGCCGCGUCGGCUGGACCGCGGCGCACUAGACACCAUGGAGCCGCCGGCUGCCAAAAAGCUGGCUGCCGGCGCGCGCAAGCCCGCAUCGCUCGCCGCCGGCGCAAGCAAGCCGGCAGCCGCCUCGCUCGCCGCCACUGCGCACAAGCCAAAGGCGAAGCCCCAAAAAGUCCGCGGCGAUCUCGCCGUGGUAGUCGCUGCGCGAGCCGUGCAGACACACUUAGAGAAAUUUCAAAGACCUUUUACGGCGGCCCAGCUCUGGGAGAACACGCAGAGGGUCGUGGCCAAGAAGGAAAUCGUGGCGGUGCGCGCCCAGCGUCCCGGACGCGCGCGGCGAUGGCGUGCUGCGGAACAGUUCCGUGACGGCAUCACUCCGCGCAGGCCUGCGCGCGCCUCGCCGCGGAGGGCGACAUCGCCGUCAAGGAGUUCCAGGGCGGCAAGGUGCUUUUGUACUACGCCGAGCCCGACGCCAUGGCGCGCAAGCACGGCGCCUUCGCGACGCCCGACGCGCUCUGCGACGUGUGCUUCGACGUGCUGCCGGAGACCAUUGGUGAUGCGGCGCAGACCGACGCCCAGGCCGCCAAGCUCGAAAAGCGCGCCCGGCUUCUGAGCGAGGAGCCGACGAACGACGAACUCGACGCGUUGCUGAGAGAAGCCGAGGCGGCUUCUUCGCAAGAAUAUCGGGUCGACGACGCCACGCUCGCCGCGCGCGUCUCUGUCUUAUCCUCGGGCACGUUCGUCACGCCCGAAGAGCUCCGCGCGGCCCAGGAGAAGCACGACGCCUACCUCGCCAAGUGGAAGAGGUUAAGACGCGUCGUCAUGGACGCUUGCGCGCGCGUCGGCGAGUCUUGUGAUGACGACGUCGACCUCGCGCACCUCGCGGGCGUCUUUACCGAUGAAGAGGCCGGCGUUCUAGCUGUGCCCGAGGCUUUAUUGAAGGCGGCGCCGUCGUCGUCGUCGGCUUCAGUAACGGCACCGGUCGUCACGAAGAAGAAGCUCGGCGUCCGGAAGCGGGCCCGCGCGUAGCAAGACCCAAGCAAGACCUAAGUAGAAGCAUGUGUGAA